UCCGACCAGCUUCUUUCUGUGCUCCGUGGCAUUUUGUAGCGGGACAGGCAGCAGCUGCUUCCCCAGCAAACACGCGGCUUUAAGGCGAGGAAGAGAUGAAAGAUAAAACAACCAAUCAGGAGCACUGAUUUCAGACCUGCUUCCUUUGUCUGAUUGGCUGUUUCGUCUGCGUCCUGGAUUCUCACAGGAGCCCCCCAUGGAAGGACAGAUGAUCUUCAGCUGAAGAUGACCUCCAUGCAUUUGCAUGUCUCUCCUGGAGGCGCCUUGGGAGGAUGUGAGCGGAGGACACGGGGAUGAAGUCCUGGCCGCUCUAGUCUGAUGAGGACGCCAUGGCCCGGCGCGGGUUGCCGUUUCAGGGCCGGGUCCGCUGGCUCUUGUUGGGCCUCCUGCUGUUGCUGGUGCUGCUGCUGUUUGCCUACAUGCUGGAGUGCACGCCGCCUGCAGACGUGAGCCUGGUUCUGCCCGGCCCGGACGGAGGGAACUAUGGGAAGGAGUACUACCAGGCUCUGUUGCAGGAGCAGGAGGAGCGCCACCUGAGCCGGGCCUCCAGCCUCAAACGGCAGAUCGCUCAGCUGAAGCAGGAGCUUCAGGAGAUGAGCGACAAAUUAAAACUUCUGCAGGACAAGAAGGAGCCCCCGGGAGUUCAGGCCCUCGGAGAGAAUAAGGACCAGGAGCCGGGGGACCUGCUGGAGUACCUGCACUCCCAGAUCGACAAGGCGGAGGUCAACGUGGGGGCGCGUCUGCCCAGCGAGUACGCUCUGGUGCCCUUCGAGAGCUUCAGCUCCUCCAAGGUGUACCAGCUGGAGAUGGGGCUGACGCGGCACCCAGAGGAGAAGCCGGUCCGCAAGGAUCGGCGGGACGAGCUGGUGGAGGUCAUCGAGGCCGCGCUGGACAUCAUCAACAACCCCGACGAAGAGGACGGGGUGGAAGACGACGCCCCCAUGCAGAGGCAGACCUACACAGACGCUCACUUCACUGAAGGACUCUACAGAACGGAGCGAGACAAAGGGACGCUUUACGAACUCUUCUUCGCCAAAGAGGACUCCAGCAGCUUCCGGCACGUGACCCUCUUCAGGCCGUUCGGCCCGAUCAUGAAGGUCAGGAGCACGUCUGUGGAGACGUCGGGAGUCAUCAUCAACAUCAUCGUGCCGCUGGCGGGCAGAGUCGACACGUUCUCUCAGUUCCUACAUAACUUCAGGGAGGUGUGUGUGCAGCAGGACAGGCGGGUACAUCUCACCGUGGUGUACUUUGGGCAGGAAGGCCUCCAGGACGUCACGUCAUCUUUGGAGAAAAUGUCCAGAGAGGAGAGCUUCUCCAAUUACACGCUGGUCCCGCUGGAAGAGGAGUUCUCCAGAGGCCGAGGUCUGGACGUCGGCGCUCACGCUUGGACGGGCGGCGACGUGUUGAUGUUCUUCUGCGACGUGGACAUUCACUUCACGCUGGAGUUCCUCAGCAGCUGCCGCCUCCACACAGCUCCCAACAAGAAGGUCUUCUACCCCGUGGUGUUCAGUCUGUACAACCCGGCCAUCGUCUAUGGGAAUCUGGAGCUGGCGCCGUCUGUUGACCAGCAGCUGAUCCAUAAGAAAGAUGCCGGGUUCUGGAGAGACUUUGGGUUUGGGAUGACCUGUCAGUAUCGCUCAGAUUUUUUAAACAUUGGUGGCUUUGACCUGGAAGUGAAAGGCUGGGGCGUGGAAGAUGUCCACCUGUACAGGAAGUACCUGCGGAGCGACCUGAUCGUGGUCCGGACCCCGGUGUCGGGGCUGUUUCACCUCUGGCACGAGAAGCGGUGCGCGGACGAGCUGACGCCGGAGCAGUACCGCAUGUGCAUCCAGUCCAAAGCCAUGAACGAGGCCUCCCACUCCCACCUGGGAAUGCUGGUUUUCCGGGAGGAGAUCGAAGCUCAUCUCCGCAAACAGGCCUUCAAGACUCAGAGCAAAGCGGAGAACUGAGACCAGAACCCCAAAGUUCUGCAGCGUCCAGCCACCACGGACCCUCCACGCUUGGAGCAAAGCUGUAGACGAAUGAAUGUAUGACCUUCAUCACAGCAAUGUGAACGUCCACCACGGAGCACCAGUGUCACGUGACCCCCCCCCCAGAAACUCUGCAGAACCACAGUAUUGUAGAACUGGAUCAGCAUGCAGACUGAGGAACCAUCCUGCUUCGCAUGUCGUAUUUAUUCCGAGACCAGAGGCGUCUUCCUCUGAAGGAACGUGGACGCCGCCGUCCUUCAAAGUACAAUCCUGAGGACGUCAGGGGCUUCUGUCCACCAGGUAGUACUUCUAUUAUUUAUAGAUCUCACUAACAGAUGGCUGUAAAGGGACCCUGUAGUAUUUUGAAAUGUUCUCUCUGUAUCUUUAUCGACACAUCUGACUGACUUGAAAGCAGGAACUAGGGUCGUUUUAGAGCCUGCAGAUCAGCUCGCCGUUGAGCCCGGAGUUCUCCGAAUGUUCCCGCCUGUAAAUACGUCCCGACACGACGUCUGGCUUUUCUCCUGCGUUGAGCUUUAGUUCGGAUGUGCCUCAGAUGUUAAGUGUCUCCGUGAGUCGCUCUAUCUUCCACGCGGUUCAACCAUCAGCAGCGCAGCCGCCGUCGUUUUUCUGUCUCCAACUCCCGGUUUUCAGGAGAACCGCGUCGUCCGCUCAGCAAAGCAAAGACUUCAGCAAUGUAAUGAUUUAUUGUCAAAUAAAAGUGUAAUUGGUGCCU